CAGCUGUGCCUGCCGCCGCUGGCCUGGCCGCUGCAUGCAGCCGCGCACACGCACUCUCACUCGCUCGGAGGCCCCGACCGCUGUGGGCAGGCUUUGCUGCAGAUUGGUGUCAACAUGAUGGCGCUGCCUGGAGGCCGCCACCUGGACUCCAUCCCCCUGCCGGGUCAGCGGCUGCACCUGAUGCAGGUGGAUUCGGUCCAGCGCUGGAUGGAGGACCUGAAGCUCAUGACGGAGUGUGAGUGCAUGUGUGUCCUGCAGGCAAAGCCCAUCAGCCUGGAGGAGGAUGCACAGGGCGACCUCAUCCUGGCAGGCGGUUCUGGCCCCGGAGACCCCCUGCAGCUGCUGCUCAAGCGGGGCUGGGUCAUCAGCACUGAGCUGCGUAGGAUCGGGCAGAAGCUGGCCCAGGACCGCUGGGCGCGUGUCCAUAGCAUGAGCGUGCGACUGACCUGCCAUGCCCGCUCCAUGGUCAGCGAGUACAGCACUGUCAGCAGGAGCUCCUCGCAGGAGAUGGGCCAGAUUGAAAAGCUGCUAAUGGAGAAGUGCUCAGAGCUGUCAGCGGUCACAGAGAGGUGCCUCCAGGUUGAGAAUGAGCACAUCCUGAAGUCGAUGAAGGCCUGUGUGAGCGAGACCCUGAGCACGCUGGGCCAGCACUUUGGCCAGCUGCUGGAGCUGGCCCUGACCCGGGAGGUGCAGGCACUGGUGAGAAAAAUCGAUGCCUCGGACAAUAUCUACACAACAGAAUCCACCACAGGGAACCUGUUCAGCCUGACCCAGGAGGGGGCUCCCUUGUGCCGCAUCAUAGCCAAGGAGGGUGGGGUUGUGGCGCUCUUCAAGGUCUGCCGGCAGGACAGUUUCCGGUGCUUGUACCCCCAGGCGCUCCGCACGCUGGCCUCCAUCUGCUGCGUGGAGGAGGGUGUCCACCAGCUGGAGAAGGUGGAUGGCGUUCUGUGCUUGGCCGACAUCCUGACUGACGACAGCCACUCAGAAGCCACGCGGGCUGAGGCUGCGGCUGUGGUCGCCCAAGUCACCUCCCCACACCUGCCCUUCACCCAGCACCUCAGCAGCUUCCUGGAGAGCAUGGAGGAGAUCGUGACAGCUCUCGUUAAACUGUGCCAAGAGGCCUCGUCUGGGGAAGUCUUCCUGCUGGCCUCUGCGGCCCUUGCCAAUAUCACCUUCUUUGACACGAUGGCCUGUGAGAUGCUCCUGCAACUGAAGGCCAUCCGCGUCCUCCUGGAGGCCUGCAGCGACAAGCAGAGAGUAGACACGCCUUACACCCGGGACCAGAUUGUGACCAUCUUGGCAAACAUGUCUGUCCUAGAGCAGUGUGCCUCUGACAUCAUUCAGGAGAACGGGGUCCAGCUUAUCAUGGGCCUGCUGUCUGAGAAGCCAAGGUCUGGGACCCCCGCCGAGGUGGCGGCCUGCGAGCGAGUCCAGCAGAAGGCUGCAGUGACCCUGGCCCGUCUCAGCCGAGACCCAGAUGUGGCACGGGAGGCCGUGCGGCUGAGUUGUAUGUCCCGCCUCAUUGAACUCUGUCGCUCACCCUCCAAGAGGAACAGCAGUGACGCCGUGCUGGUGGCCUGCCUGGCUGCUCUGCGUAGAUUGGCUGGGGUCUGUCCUGAAGGCCUCCAGGACUCUGACUUCCAGCAGCUGGUCCAGCCCCGGCUUGUGGACUCUUUCUUACUCUGCAGCAACAUGGAGGAGAGUUUUGUGUAGCAAGUAUGGGAUACGAAAGGCAUUCGGCCUCAUUCUUAAGCCCCCUCUGAGUACAUACCUGUGAACACACCUGACCACACACCAGCCCCCUCACCUCCUUAUUUAUACUUAAUUUAUUUUUUAUGUGAAAUUAACAGAGGGCUAAACAUUAUAGCAACAUCAUCAGGCAGUCUGUGGUCCUUGGGAGUCUUUUAUGUUUUUAUUUUUUGACUUCUGUGACUUUUCAGUUGCAGAUGUUGAAAUGCAUAAUGGCUAAUAUGACAGAUUGUCAUGGGUG